UACUUCGUCCGGCGCGCCAUUUUGCUGGAGUUUGAAUGUGAGGUACAGGGGAGGCUGUGCCGCUAACUUGAGGCCUUAACAGAUUUCCGCUUGUUGUUCCUACCUCCUCGCAGACAGAUUUGCCGUCAUGGAGCUGAGCGAUGCCAAUUUCCAGGCCUUAACGGAGUAUCUGAAGAAGACUCUCGACCCGGACCCAGCCGUGAGACGACCAGCUGAAAAGUACCUGGAAUCCGUGGAAGGCAAUCAGAACUACCCGCUGCUCCUGCUGACGCUGGUUGAGCGCUCCCAGGAUAACGUCAUCAAAGUCUGUUCUUCUGUAACCUUCAAAAAUUACAUCAAGCGGAACUGGAGAGUUAUCGAAGACGAGCCCAAUAAGAUCUGUGAAUCUGACAGAGUUGCAAUCAAAGCCAACAUUAUAAACCUGAUGCUCAGCAGCCCGGAGCAGAUUCAGAAGCAGCUUAGUGAUGCCAUCAGUAUCAUAGGACGUGAAGACUUCCCACAGAAAUGGCCUGAUCUGCUGACGGAGAUGGUGAACCGCUUCCAAAGCGGAGACUUCCAUGUCAUCAAUGGCGUCCUCCACACCGCUCACUCUCUGUUCAAAAGGUAUCGGCAUGAGUUCAAAUCGAGUGAAUUAUGGACAGAGAUUAAGCUUGUACUGGACACUUUUGCCGCACCUCUGACCAGUCUUUUUACGGGGACGAUUGAGCUUUGCAACACUCACGCCAAUGAUGUCAACGCACUAAAAAUCCUUUUUUCCUCUCUGAUUCUAAUUGCAAAGCUCUUCUACAGUUUAAACUUCCAGGAUCUCCCAGAAUUUUUUGAAGAUAACAUGGAGACUUGGAUGACAAACUUCCACAACCUUUUAACGUUGGACAACAAACUUUUACAAACGGAAGAUGAAGAGGAGGCUGGUUUGCUUGAGCUGCUGAAAUCCCAAAUCUGUGACAAUGCUGCCUUAUAUGCCCAGAAAUACGACGAGGAGUUCCAGCCGUACUUGCCGCGAUUUGUCACCGCUAUCUGGAAUCUGUUGGUCACCACGGGCCAAGAAGUGAAAUAUGACUUGCUGGUAAGCAAUGCCAUCCAGUUUCUGGCUUCUGUCUGCGAGAGGCCGCACUACAAGAACUUGUUUGAGGAUCCCAGCACGCUGACCAGUAUCUGUGAAAAGGUGAUUGUUCCAAACAUGGAAUUCAGAGCUGCUGAUGAAGAGGCCUUUGAAGACAAUUCAGAGGAAUAUAUAAGAAGGGACUUGGAGGGAUCUGACAUUGACACCAGACGGCGUGCAGCUUGCGAUUUAGUACGCGGCCUGUGCAAGUUCUUUGAGGCCCCCGUGACCAACAUCUUCUCUGGUUACGUCAGUUCAAUGCUACAGGAGUUUGCCAAGAAUCCAUCGGUGAACUGGAAGCACAAAGACGCGGCCAUUUAUUUGGUAACCUCCUUGGCUUCCAAGGCUCAGACGCAGAAGCACGGAAUUACGCAGGCAAACGAACUGGUCAAUUUAACGGAAUUUUUAGUUAACCAUAUUCUCCCGGAUUUAAAGUCUGCGAACGUUAAUGAAUAUCCAGUGCUGAAGGCAGACGGGAUCAAGUAUGUGAUGAUUUUCAGGAAUCAAGUUCCCAAGGAACACAUUCUGUCUGCUGUCCCGCUGCUCAUCAAUUAUCUCCAGGCAGAAAGUAUAGUGGUUCACACGUAUGCAGCGCAUGCCCUGGAGCGCUUAUUCACUAUGAGAGGAGGAACCGCCAACUCAACCCUCAUCACCGUUGCAGAGAUGAUGCCGUAUGUAGAAAUCCUUCUCGCUAAUUUGUUCAAAGCUCUUUCAUCGCCAGCCUCGUCGGAAAAUGAAUACAUCAUGAAAGCAAUAAUGAGGAGCUUUUCGCUGCUGCAGGAAGCCAUAAUCCCGUAUAUUCCUACCGUCAUCACUCAGCUGACCCAAAAACUGCUGCAAGUUAGCAAGAAUCCGAGUAAACCUCAUUUCAAUCACUACCUGUUUGAAUCCAUUUGCCUGUCUAUCCGGAUAACGUGCCGAGCAAACCCAGCCGCUGUUGGGAGCUUUGAGGAGGCCCUGUUCAUCGUUUUCACAGAGAUAUUACAGAGCGACGUGCAAGAGUUUAUCCCGUAUGUGUUUCAAGUCAUGUCCCUGCUGCUGGAAAUACACAAAAAUGAAAUCCCGGCGUCGUACAUGGCCCUGUUCCCCCAUCUCCUGCAGCCCAUCCUGUGGGAGAGGACGGGGAAUAUCCCUCCCUUGGUGAGGCUGCUGCAGGCGUACAUGGAGAGGGGCUCGACCACCAUAGCCGCAAACGCCUCUGAUAAAAUUCCCGGGUUGCUUGGUGUUUUCCAAAAGCUGAUCGCCUCCAGAGCCAACGAUCAUCAAGGAUUUUAUUUACUGAACAGCAUCAUCGAACACCUGCCCGUGGAGUGCCUCGAGCAGUAUAAGAAGCAGAUAUUCAUUGUGCUUUUCCAGAGGCUGCAGAACUCCAAAACCACCAAGUUCGUUAAGAGUUUCUUGGUGUUUUUGAAUCUGUACUGCGUGAAAUACGGAGCCAUCGCACUGCAAGAAAUGUUCGACAGCAUUCAGCCAAAAAUGUUCGGCAUGGUUGUGGAGAAAAUCAUCAUCCCGGAAAUACAGAAAGUGUCCGGGCCGAUCGAGAAGAAAAUCUGCGCUGUUGGAAUUACAAAGAUCCUGACGGAGUGUCCUGCUAUGAUGGACACGGAGUACACCAAGCUGUGGACUCCGCUCUUACAGGCUUUGAUCGGUCUGUUUGAGCUUCCCGAAGAUGACACCAUUCCCGAUGACGAGCACUUCAUAGACAUCGAGGACACCCCGGGCUACCAGACGGCCUUUUCCCAGCUGGCGUUCGCCGGCAAAAAGGAACACGACCCUAUCGGCGAAAUGGUCAGCAACCCCAAGAUCCUGCUGGCGCAGUCUCUGCACAAGCUGUCCACCGCGUGCCCGGGCCGGGUCUCCUCCAUGAUCAGCACGAGUCUGAACGCCGAGGCGCUCCAGUUCCUCCAAGGAUAUCUUCAGGUUGCCAGCGUGUCGUUGGUCUGAGUCUGGACCUGCGCAGAAAACCUUCGACGGCCCGUUUUUAACCGCGCCGCCGCGAAGCACUUCGGGGUUUCUUCACUUAUAGCUGCAUGGUCAAAGUGUUACCCCGUCCCGGACUGCUAACCAAGGCCUCCGGCCUCUCCUCGCGUGUUUUCUUUUCUACAGCCCCAAACCGGGGUUUAAACGCCCCCCCCCCCGUAUCCUUGCAGUGAUCUCACAAAGUAACCUGUCGGCGGCUCGAUCUCAUACGAGGAAUAACGGAUUUAAGGUUCACGCUGUUUCACUCGAGUCUUAUUCUUGCAGGGGAAUAAGUUAAUUUAUUGUACAGAUUAAUCGGCGUCUAGGAAUCCUCUCCAAGUAACAGCACUUAUUCCCCCCCUCCCCUCAUGUUUAUUUUGAUAUCAUUCUCUGAAUCUGCCUUUUUUUUUUUCUAUCUUCAUUCUUAACUGUUUCUUUUUUUUCCCAAACUGUGAAUAAAUAAGAAGCAUUUGCUCAAAACUCUUAGUAA